CUUCCAUUUCUUAUUUGUCUUUAAAUACUAUUCCAAUCUCAAACGAAAGGUUGUUUUGUCUCUUUUCUCUUUCUUCUUCAUCUCCAUCUUCAUCUUCAUCAUCCUCUCAUUUCUGUUCUUUUUUUCUCUGUUCGAUUCAUUGCUUUUCUAUACCAUAAACAUUAAUGUAAGAAGUGUUCGGAUCUUUAUAUUGUUGUGUUGAAUUCGAGCAUGACUACAAGAUUCAAAGGGCUUUAUCACAAGAGCUUCAAGUGUUUCUCCGACAUUUUUGAUGAGGAGGAGGAAGAGAUGGAAAUUGGAUAUCCAACAGAUGUCCGACACGUCUCACAUAUUGGUUGGGAUAGUUCAUCGAGUAGUGCACCUAGUUGGCUACAUGAAUUCAAGACGAGCAACAAUGUUUUAGAGCCAAACUCAUCGUGGCCAUUUCAAGAUUUGAAAUCAGCGAUGGAGGCAUUUGGAGAAGUUCAAAGCAGCAAAGAGAUGGAAAGAGAAACAACAAAACAAAACCUGAAGAAGAAACUCUCUUCAAAAGCUUCUCUAUUGUGUAAUUCAUGGUCACCAAGAUUCUCAAGAUCAAGCAAGGUCCUUGCUUAAUUAUUUUUCGUUUCUAAUUUCCCAUGCCAUUGUUUAUAUAAUAAUAUAUGUAGAGAAUAUAGGUGAGAUAUCAAUCUUAAUGCUUCCGUUCAAGAUAUCAAGUGUGUACAAAUUAAUACUCAUAUUGUCUUUGCAAUGAUAUUGGAAUGGUUUUACUUUUUUUUUUAUCUAUGAUUAU